AUGGCCGACCUGCUCUACGACCUCCUGGUGCCGUCGCCCUCGCCGGGCAUUGUCUCGCCGCCCGACCCGGACGCCCUGGCCUAUCUAGGCAGCCUAGCAGCGCGGCCGCUGGCGUCUCUGCGCGCAGACGAGCCGCCGGCUCUGGCCCAGGCGUCGCAGUCGCUGCUGCUGUCGCUGCAGGCGCUGGCACGGCGGUCGUGCGAGCCGGUGCUGGCGUCGGAGCGACACCACGCAGCCUUUUGUGGCGGCCUGCCGACGCUGGCCGCUCACACGGCCGAGCUGCGUGCGGCUCUGCCGCUGCUGGACGGCGCCUCUUUGCGCUUUGCAUCGUAUCGAACCGGCGAGACCAACGGCCGACGACGCCAGGCCCUCUUGCUCGCCCGCAACGCCGAGCGGCUCCUCGACGUGCUCGACCUGCCGCCGCUCCUGGCCGCGGCCACCGGCUCGACCGCUGCACCGUCUUCGCUGACGACCACCACGGCCUCGUCAGCCGGCGCUGCCGCCCACUACAACUAUGCUGCCGCUCUCGACCUCAACGGCCAUAUUCGCCGUCUGCAUGCUCUCUACCCCCACUCGGCCCUCGUUCAGUCUGUCGCCGCCGCUGCCGAUGAGGCCAUGCGCGCCGCCGCCGCCAGCCUCGUGCUCUCGCUUCAGGCCCCCGGUCUCAAGCUGGCCGCGUCGCUGCGCACUGUCAGCUGGCUGCGCCGCGUCCUGCCCGACCUCGAAGCGACCGCUUCGACCAUGACCACAAACACGACCAUCGCGGCAACGACUACCACGUCCACUCCCGCACAGGAACGCACCCUCGGCGCCGUCUUCCUCGUCUGUCGCCUCGCUACGCUGACCAGCAUGCUCGACGCCUUGGCACCACUCCGCGAGCUCGCUGACCAGGAACGCGCUCGUCUGGCCGCAUCGUCACCCCCCCUCGCCUCCUCGACCGGCUCCCGCGCCUGGUCUGGCGGCCAGCAGACCGAACGCUACCUCAAACGCUACGUCGAGAUCUUCCGCGAGCAGAGCUUCGCCAUCGUGUCCAUGUUCCGGAGCAUCUUUCCCGACGCCGAGAUCGAUGGCAUAGGCCAGACAGGCGACAUGAACGAGUCCGAGAAAGAAAAUGACACAGACACACCCCUACACCCACACGACCCUCUCGAGCCGUUGCCGCCUGCGCUCGCCGGCUUUCCCCUCCACCUCGUCGACCUGCUGCUCGCCACGCUGCGCCGCUACCUGCCCACGGUGCGCGAUCAGGCUGCCCGCGACAGCCUGCUGACUCAGGUGCUCUAUUGUGCCGGCAGCCUCGGCCGCCUCGGCGCUGACUUUGGCCUCUUUUUGGCCACACUGGACGUCGGCCACAGCGCCGAGGACGAGUGGGUUGAGAUCGUGCGCCGCCACCGCCAGCUCGCCGGCCGGCUCGAGUCCAUCGUCGGCGACGGCAAGAAAAGAUGA